CAUAAAUUGUCGUCAUCUGUGUUGACAUUUUCCGAUGAAAUCCAGUCAUGAAUCAUGUUUUCCUAAAUGCCAGGAGGAUGGCAUGUGAGAGGCAACCCCGCUAGCAUGUGGUCGGGCAUGGACGCCCCCAAGAUGCCAGGAUCUGAGUGAGACGCCACUCUAAAGCCAUGAGCUCGUUCUCAGGCAAAAUUAAGGAGUUCCCGCAGAUCUCUGUGGACAGAUUCGAUGGGCGCAACCUUGCCAGUACUGCUUAUUUUCUAAGUCAUGCUCAUUCAGGUGAACAUCACCAAUUUAUGUACAGAUCACAUGAUUGGGCUGAGCUCUCCCCAAUUCUUAGACCACUUAGAGAGCAAUAGUGGUGUAUACUUGUACUGUUCUGCUAUCACUGCUCGCUUUCUACAAGCAUCUAUCAGACAUCGCCCCCUUGACCCAUUUGUCCGACCACUCCCUCCAGAGGAACCUGUGAAGAUCACUGUGCCCAAUGUUGCUGAAGAGGCCAGUCACCAACUUUGUGUCACUCUCAUACCUGCAGGACACUGCCCAGGCUCAGUCAUGUUUCUUUUUGAAGGGAGAGGAGGGACAGUUCUAUACACAGGAGACUUUCGCACAAGUGUUGGCGAUGUUGAGAGAAUACGUGCACUGCAUAAUGGUGAUGGAACUCUCAAAACUGUGGAUUCUUUGCAUAUAGACACAACUUUCUGUCAUCGUGACAUCCUACACUUUCCAACGAGAGAAGAAAGUUCUUCAGCUAUAGGUGACCUUGUUGAAGACUGGUUAGCCAGAGGAAAUAAUCACCUAAUACAUCUUGUGUGUCCAGCAAAAUAUGGAUAUGAAUAUGUCUACCGAAGUCUACAUGAGAGAUUUGGGAUGCGUGUGCACGUCAGUCGGUGGAAAUAUCGCAUGUAUGACACAGUACCUGAAAUUCAAGAUGCGCUUACUCCAGAUGCUACUGAAACGUGGAUUCAUGCCUGUGACUGGAGGAUGAAUGAAAUUGAAGAAAGUGAGGACCAAAGUGAUCGCCAGCUACCCUGCCGUUGUGUACCUUUUGGUGUGGAUACUGCACCCAGCAUACGUGUCAUCCGACCUUCAGCCAUAUUCUACACCAUGUAUCAGUCUGUUAAGGAAGUUAAGCAAAUUAGUCGAGAUGGCAGUUUCUGCAGAGUGCUCUUGUCAAUGCAUGCAUCUUGUUCAGAAGUCCUUGAUCUGGUGUCAUAUCUUCGUCCUCGAAAAGUAUACCCAAAUGUUAUUCCCAUGAAUUCUUCUAAAGAGGAGGUUCUGAAACUCCUUCAUGAGGCCUUGAAUCGUUCUGGAGACCAUUAUAGCAUAGAAUAUGGUGGUACCCAACGACGCAGCAUGGGUUCAUUCAAACGACAACUGCAAAGUAAUGAAAGCAAUAGCAGCACAUUAGAGGCAGCCAUGUUUGAUGGUUACCUCACAUCUCCAAGUAAACGGCGGCGACAUAGUGAUAGUAAUAUGACCCUUGUCCUUCCAACCCCUCGUGGAAACAUGAAAGGUUCACUCAGUUUGGAAGGUGAGGCCAGAUGUGAUGCAGUUGAAGGAGGCGUUGCAACUAACUGUGGUGCAGGAACCUCAGGGAGUCUUGGGCCUCAGGGAUCUCCAGGAACAAGUUUAGAGUGGGUAGAUCCUUACACUCCAUCACCCACAUCAUCUUCCUCUUGUAAAUAUACUGAUACUCCAAAUUCUAGUCAAGAAGACCAACAGUCAAGUGCACGAAUGACCAGUACUGCCAGAGUUAAUCUUUCUUAUAGAUUUGACACUGCAAAUUUUGGAAAUACUCCAAGUGAUAGUGCAAUACGAAAUGUGAUAGUAAAGGUGUCUCCCCCACUGACAUGUAAAGUGGCAAGUGCUGGUACAAGUAAUAGGGCAAGUGAAGUUUAUAGAUUUGGUUUUAAUUCUCAGCAAAUGUCUGUUGAUGCUGAUGAAGAAGGGGAUAAUCAUUCUUUAAUUAGCUUCAAUAAAACUAAUGAAAGUCAAGACAGUAAUGAUCUAGCAAGUGUAUUUUCAGAGGAUACUCGGGAAAGCACAGUGAUGGUUGACUUUAAGGAUGAGAGACCAGCCUCCUCUGCAGGUGUGGCAGGAGAGAGUGCUAUUAAGCGCAGUCGCAAGAUGUGGUAUAAGCACAAAUAUUUCUCUACGCCAGUUCAUGAGGAGGGAGAUAAGCGUUUGAAAGUUGAACCCAAAUCCACUUUUGGUCCUCGCUCAUCCUCACUACCUCUCCCAGAGCCGGACCGUGAGGGUAUUGUCUCGCCUGACUUAUUCCCAAGUCCUGAAGCAGACCCUAGUCUUCCUCUCAUUACAGUCUCCUCGCCAUCUGAUCAAGCCAGUGAAUCCCAGGUCUCUGAUGAAACUAAUGUGACUGUUGUUCUUAGUGGCAGCUCGGGGGAACCAUCUGAUGUAGAUGUAAUGUUAGUUGACGAAUUGCCUGCAGACCAACCAUUAUGUAGUGAAUCUUCUCAUCAUACUAGUCCUACAGCCUCCCGGCCCACUGUCAUUUGUGGACCACCAUUUAUUCCUUCAGCACAAGACCGAGAAAUAUGUCUUGAUACUGAAGCUCGUACACUUCAUCAUAUCUCACCAACUGAUACACCCACAAGCAUUUCUGGUGGAUUAAGCCGCAGUAUCCCACCCUUGAAGCCUCCCUUAUCCACUACCUCUCCAAAGGUAGUAGAUUUGGUAAGUGACAGUGAUUGUACACCAGAAUUAGAGGACUUGUUCUUGCGCACACACCAAGUAACUGGAGUCACAGUAAAGACUGAAGAGUGCUCAGAACGCUCAUCUUGCCUGAAGACCACUCGACGGAGAGAUAAUGAAGUAGAGGUUGUGACAUUGGAUCAACAAAGUCUCUGAAAUAUGAUGUGAAUAUGAAAAUAAGAUUAAAAUUGCUUUAUUCAGGUAUUGUUGCACUUUAAUUUUAUUUAAGCACUGUUGAAGCUGCACUACUAAUGGACAUAUCUCUUUCUAUUGGAUUGUAAUGCAUACUGGUAUGCUAAGGUAUCAGGUUCUCAGAAUAGGUACUGUUGUAGUGAUGCUAAAUCUUCAUUAUUACAAGUAAAUGGGAAUUAAUUUACACUGAGUAAUGCAGAAGUUAAAAAGGCGUAUUGUAACAAAGCAAAACUUUGUUUAUGUACAGUAGUGAUUUGAGCUUUUGGGUGGAUGUGCUAGAACUAGAAAAAGAUUGAGUGAUAUAGGCAGUUGGAAGGACAGCCAAGCUUGCCUAUUUGACAUUUUUUACUUAGUAUCUGUAAACCAAAUUAUGAAAAAUACUUUAGAACUUUGGAAAAUAUACCAUAAAUCAUUAUUCCUUAGGCAGGAAUUAAACAUUUUGAUCCAAAAGUUUGCCCAAGUACUGUAGGACGCUGAUGCAGACGCCAGGCUGACAACAUAAGCUCACCUACUCUUCUACCAGGCAAGCUAAAAACUACUGCAAAUAAAAAUCAUAAAAAUGUUGAAUAUCAUUGAAUUUAGUUGAUAUAACUAUACAUUUGGGGUUACUGUUACUUCUUAAUCUAUUAACAACACUGGAGUUAGUUGCAUGUUUGUCCCCUCUUAAUGAAAAUUAUCUUGUUGUUAUGGACUAAGAUUUUAUUAUCUCAUCACUGUUUUAUCUUAUUCCUUAUUACAGUCCUGUACUUCUAGUCACCACUAGGCAGUCUUUGCACCUAUUUAUCUUUUGUUUGAUUUUUACUCAUGCUCUUCAAAAUUGCCUCCAUUUAGACAUGCAUCUACAUUCUUGAGUGUACAGCAUCCACUUAUCACUGUUUUUAGAACAUUGGUAUCCAUUCUGCACCAUGUUUGUUUACUUUGUUUAUUGGAUAAAAGUGAAGCUGUGGUGAAAGAGGAUAACAAACUAAGUAUCAUUAAUAAUACCUCCUCACUCUUGACAGUCUUUGAUUAAUCUCUUAAUUGCUGGACUGCAGGAUGAGCAGGUUUAAGGUUUUACAAUGUAAUUUUAUACUUGCAGAAAAUUUACUCUAUUUAAAGUGGAUGAAAGUUUUUUUUAUAUAAUGUAUAUGCUGUUAUGUGGCAAUGUUGAGUGAUAAAGAAUUCCCAGUGGAUAUGUGAAGUAAGAAAUGUUAGUAAUAUUCUUUAAUUGUAAUAAGCUGGCAGUGAAGUACAGGUAUUUAUAGACAAAAGCUUAUAUGAUGUAAGCAGAUUUUAUGCUGUUUUUAUUAUAUACUGUACUCUACUUCAAAUUAUAACUUGGAAUACAUAAUGGUUGUAAUGAAAUAUUGCUAGUUAUUUCUUUUUAGAAGUGAUGUACAUAAAUUGUGUAAAUAAAACAUAAGCUUGGUAUGAUACACCAGCUGAGAGAGUGAGGAACUAACAAAAUAAAUGUUGAAUUCCUAUUACCAAAGA